AUGGGCAUUGAACCACCCUUUAUUUAUGAACCGGUCAAAACAGAUUGGUUUUUUGAUCCAAAAGCCGUCUCCAGAGCCAGCUUAUCUCCGCCAGCUCCACGGCCAAAGCGACCAGAUGGGCCGUUGGUCAAUUUCAAUGCACACCCUGAUUCUUAUCUAAUUGUUCCUUCUGGAAAUGUGGACGUCAAAUCAAUGCACCCUUCUGUCAAGAAGAGAAUCAAAUGGACCAGAAAAGUCACACUGGCAUUGCGAUGCUUUCAAGCUGUAGCAGCAGUCGGACUCCUUAUCAUGUCAAUCUUGAUUACCGGCUUGGAUAUUAUAUCAGGAUGGAUUAUGAAACUUGCGCCUGUUAUAGCGAUUUUUCAUACCAUUUAUGGAGCUUAUCACCUAGCACGGAAACCUGACGGUAGAGCACCUGGAUCCACAGCAUCGUACAUGCUAUUCGCAUCUUUGAUUGAUAUAACUAUUGUGCCAUUUUAUGCCUAUAUUUCUUUGGCGGCUAAAACGAAGCAAACGACCUGGACCACGUCUCUUUCUGACCAGAGUCUUCUAACAAUCUUCACCGACGUUCUGUUCUACGCAGCUACGGUUGGGGGUGGACUUCAUUUAAUAUCUUUAUCUCUUUCUCUCUAUCUCGCUUUCACAUUCCGCAAGAUCAAUCAACUCCCUCCGGAUAUGAACCCACUAGAAGAUAAUCUCACGUCUCGUCACAAACGCAACAAAUCCUCCAUCUCAACUUUCACUACCAUCACGUCCCCAUCCGAGAAAAGACUAUCAAGGGGAUCUAAUCUUGAGGAUAAACGACGUUCUGGGGCGCCUUAUGAGGAUCUUGAUAGACCCCCAACAAUUCCCUUCCUUCAUACUCGCACCAACUCCAAUGAAUCAUUCCAGACUAAUCAAUCAUCACCUCGUACAUCACGUACGGGUUCUCCUGCUCGCUAUAAUGCAUAUAAGCCCAAUCAGUCGCCUCGUCAUUCAGUUCCAGACUUCAAGCCAGCAUCCCGUCAUUCCUACACUUCUGUUCCCGCAUCCGAUCUCUCCUUUCACACCGCUAAUGAGUCUAUUAAUAAAAAUAACACCAAUGAUGGCGUCAUAAGCUGGUUCACCAAUGAUUCACUCGGUAAAAAGGGCAAUCGCAGCAGCGCACCAAGCUCUCGUCCCCACUCCCCCCAAAAGUCCUCCACCUCUAUCAAGUCUUCCUAUCAUCCCUUACCACUUGAUCCUUCCGCGAUCGACGGCGAUGAAGAUAACUUCCGCCUUCCUAAUCCGCUAACGGAAAACCCGCCAACCCCGCGUCACAAUUUUCCCUCUUCAUCCUCCAAAUAUUCCUCCGAAGCUCCCUCUGCAAUGGCUCCAGAUAGCAAUGAACAAACUGCAGGCCCCAGCAGCGACAUAACAGACGAAUCAUCCUGGCCUUUACCGCUUCGCUCCCCAGAAAUACGCGAACUAACACCCAAGCCCCUGCGCACCCGUGAUUCAGGCUCGGGCGAUAGUUUCAAGUCGAAGAGUUAUGGAGAUUUAAAACCUGCUACACCACCUAUCAUGGUUGGCGGCGACGGAAUCGGACGACAGGUCAGCAGUGGAACUGAUUUUGCAGGUCAGCGAGGAGGUUACAGAAGAGACGUCAGUGGGAAAAUAGCGGAGGAAGGGAGAGGAGGUGCGGCCUGGGGAGCGAGAUUGAGGAAUAUUAGCGGGUUGCAAGAGUUGUAA